GGGGGUGGGUCGGGAGGAGACACCCACCGCUUCGGGCACCUCCUCCCGGCUGCGCUACGGAGGAGGCCGCUGCCUGAGCCGGCGACGGCGGAGCUGGCGUGGCGGGAAAUGGCGGCCGGGUUGGGCUGAGCCGAGCUGAGGGGGAACGAGAGCCGCACCAUGAGGCUGCUGCGAGCCCUGCUGCGCGCCGCCUCCCCGGGCAGCAUCCCGCAGCAGGUGGACUUCUACUCGCGCUUCUCCCCCUCGCCGCUUUCCAUGAAACAGUUUUUGGACUUCGGAUCUGAAAAUGCUUGCGAAAAGACUUCAUUUAUGUUUCUGCGACAAGAAUUGCCUGUGAGGCUGGCAAACAUAAUGAAGGAAAUAAGCCUGCUUCCAGAUAACCUCCUAAGAACACCUUCAGUUCAACUGGUGCAGAGCUGGUAUGUCCAAAGUCUUCAGGAAAUUCUUGACUUUAAGGACAAAAGCUCAGAAGAUUCAGGGGCUAUUCAUAGUUUUACAGACACUGUGAUAAAAAUCCGGAAUCGACAUAACGAUGUAAUUCCUACGAUGGCUCAAGGAGUGAUAGAGUACAAGGAAAGCUUUGGCAUUGAUCCAGUGACCUCACAGAAUGUGCAGUACUUUUUAGACCGUUUCUACAUGAGUCGCAUUUCAAUUAGAAUGCUCCUCAAUCAACACUCUUUACUGUUUGGUGGGAAAAUUAAUCCAGCUCAUCCAAAACACAUUGGAAGCAUUGAUCCUACCUGCAACGUUGUGGAAGUUAUUAGAGAUGGCUACGAAAGUGCCAAGAGCCUUUGUGACUUAUAUUACAUGAGCUCUCCAGAACUCAUCCUUGAAGAGUUGAACAAUAAAUCACCGGGACAGCCCAUGCAAGUGGUGUAUGUGCCAUCACAUCUCUAUCACAUGGUUUUUGAACUCUUCAAGAAUGCAAUGAGAGCCACCAUGGAACACAAUGCUGAUCGAUGUGUUUAUCCUCCAAUUCACGUGCACGUCGCACUGGGGAAUGAGGACUUAACUGUGAAGAUGAGUGAUCGUGGUGGAGGUGUUCCCAUGAGGAAAAUCGAUAGACUGUUCAACUAUAUGUAUUCAACAGCACCACGUCCCCGUGUUGAGACGUCACGAGCUACGCCUUUGGCUGGAUUUGGUUAUGGCUUACCCAUAUCACGACUGUAUGCGCAGUACUUCCAAGGAGACCUGAAACUAUAUUCCUUAGAGGGCUACGGCACAGAUGCAGUUAUUUACAUAAAGGCCUUAUCAACAGAAUCAAUUGAAAGACUUCCUGUCUAUAACAAAGCAGCCUGGAAGCAUUACAAAGCAAACCACGAAGCAGAUGACUGGUGCGUGCCAAGCAGCGAGCCCAAAGACAUGACCACUUUCCGCAGUACAUAGCUUUUCAUCAGCAGUGCACAGGAAGUGGUGUCUGUAAAGGGAAUUCGGAAGACCUGCUUUACACCAAGAUGACAAGCCACAGCUGAUAUGUGAAAGUCAUUGUAAGUGGAGUAACAGAACUAAAUUAACUACUCUUUCUGGAAUUAAAAAAAAAAAAAGGCAAACAAAACACUCCAGAAAAACCCCAAACCUGUACAUAUUUUUGUAUUUUAAGUGAGAAGGUCAUGCCUAAUUUAUCCCACUUUCCAUUUUCCACUACUUUUAGCAGCUAAGUCAAGGGAGCAGUAAUUUUGGGUUUUAUAAACACCAAUGCAAUCUGUCGCAUCUGGUGAGAAAUUUAUUAAUUCAUAUAAUUACAAAAUUGUUUUGAAAGAAGAACUAUUGAAAAAGCUCACCAGAGCAUUUCUAUAUUAUACAGUAUUACAGAUUAAUGAAAAACUCAUUCAAGAAAUAAUGAGGAGCUCAUUGCUAUACCUUUGUACCUGUAUAGCACUUUCUAAUCUUUUAAGCAUGCUGAAGGCCGAGUUUGGAAAGUCAGAUAUGUUGCCUACACACAUUGUCUACAUCAAGGUUUUCUGCAGCUGUAGAUAUUACACUUUGGUCUACAGGGAUUUAAAAAAAAACCCAUCAGUUCUACCUGCUACCACUGAUAUAAUGUAUCUCAGGUAUGUGGCAUCAGUCAUAUUUCUGUGGCUGUAAUGUGAAUAUUUAAUACAUGUGAAAAAAACUUACCUUUCCCCCAUCAUUGUGAAUUAGCAAAUAGUAUUGGCUUGUGGACAGUAAAGAUACGGUGUCUUACAUUUGCUUGUAUUUCUGUAGGCAAUAUCCAUGUUCUAGCACUAAGUAAGAUCUCAGACUCUGGUAUGUCAGGUUACAGCUCCAAAUAGAAACUAUUUUAAAUAAACAGAUUUUUACAAUUUGCCCUUAAUAGGGCAACUUUAUUUCUUUGACAGCAGAAACUACUUUCUCAGGAGUAUUUAAAAACAAGUGGAAUUAAGAGUUUUUGAAAAUAUCUAUGUAUUUGUGAUGUGCUUCUAGCCUCAUGUAGUAGCUGGAAGUCACACUUGAACAGAGUAUGUUUACCUUAUUUAUGUUAAUCAGUCAAAGGCAAACUGUUAAAUCAUUCUGG